AUUUCGAGUCACAUUUGGCGGGUACAAUUUGUAACGAAUAUGACGUUUAUUUUAAAUCAAAAAUCUUCAAUUUGUUGACUUAAGAAAUGCUUAGACUUCUCAUCUAAUUUUGUAGUAUUGACAUAAAUUUUGUAUGGAUAUUAUUUAUAACAGUGACUAUGGCAUCAAGAUUGAUUAAACAUCAGCUAAUUAACGUGAUAAAAAGAUUCAAAUUUGAAGAAUUAGAAAGCAGCGUGAUACCCAUUUUUCCGGAGAUAUCUUGGAGUCAUGUCAAGUCUAAAUUAAUUAAGAAUCACAAAAGAUUUACUGUUAAAAAUGCCGUAUGCGUUAUCGAAGAAAUUCUUAACAAUGCAGAUUUAGGAGAGAGAAUCUUGCAUGAUAGACUAAUAACACUAGAAGUAACAGAUAUAAGUAGACAUGACAAGAGGAAGAUAUGGUAUGGUUACGAGUUAAAGGGUGUAGGCGGAGCAUUAAAUUAUCUUGAAAGACGGCAGAUUCAAGAAAGCAUAAAAGAAGCAUUUGAAUCAAAUGGUUUAAAUAUAGAUGUAAAAGCUGCAAUAUAUGACAAUAUCACAUUUAUAAAUAUUAAGGAAAAGAGUAAAAGAAGACGAGUACAACGUACCAUGCCUAUCUUUUUCGCUUUGUUUAUGGGACACAAAUAUUUUUUCUGUUCAAAAAAGAAUAUUUCACAUGGUUUUAUAAAUUUGAUGGCUACUGCUCUGGGUUAUAACAAAAGCAAAAGAAUUAAGCUCAUGGGUAAAGAUCUUAGAUCGUUAAUAAGAUUAUUAUGGAACAAGCAACAAGGCACUUUACAUGCUGAAGACAUUCAUCAACCGUCAGUUUAUGAACCAUCUGAUCCUAUUAUCAAUAAUGAUGGUAUAGAUUAUACACAGAAUAAACAACGGAAAAGUUAUGCAGAAAAGUGUUUUUCCAAGGAUCCUCCGACUUUGGAAUUACUCGUUGUAAACGGACCAGAGGAAUCUAUAAAACACGAAGCUGUAGCUUCAAUAUUACCUAAUGAUAAUAUACAGAUAAACUGGGAGUUUCGUAGUCACAAUAUAGCUAGAUUCUUGACUAGUUUAAUAGAAAAACGUGCAGUUCGAUUACCAUUACCUGAGUAUGUGUCCAAUCUCAUGACAUUUGGAAAAAACGAAUUAACACUUCAGCCUGGCUGAACAUAAUUGUAGAUAAACAAAUUCUUAUAAUGAGACAAAUAAGUAUUUUAAUGUUGUGUGUCUGUAUGCAGUGCUUGAACAUAUCACUAUAAAAAGAUAUUAAUUUUCUAACAAUUUCUGAAAUUGCUGUAUACAUUAAAUUUAAUAUAAUUGUGUAAAAUUGUGUGUAAAACAAUUAUAUACUUGUACAUAAAUUACAUUUUUUAACAUAUAUGCAGUAUAUAAAUUUGAGCAGAAUAAUUUGUUGUAAUAAUGUAAUUGUAAAAGGAAAUUGAAUGAUUAAAAUUAACUCUUCGAAUUUAAGUAGGUAAAGGAAAAAGAAUAAAAAAUGCUAUUAAAUCUUUCGUUAUAUAUAACAUUGUUAAUAUAGAAAUACCAUUGAAGUCUCUGUUACAUUAAUAAAGUACA